AUGCCUGGUCGUCGUUCGUGGUCAAUAUGGGCGCCUCUCCUGGCGUCGCUGCUGCUCGUCGGGCCCGCGUCGUCGGCCGCGGGCGCCAAGGUGGUGGAGGAGGAGGACGAGGACGACGGCGGCGCCAGUAAGAAGAAGCCCCACGUUAACCACGGCAAGUUCAAGGCGGACCCGUGGACGGACGGGCACGCGACGUUCUACGGCGGGCGCGACGGGUCCGGCACCACGGACGGCGGCGCGUGCGGGUACAAGGGCGAGCAGGGAAAAGACUACGGCGCGCUGACGGCGGCCGUGGGCCCGUCGCUGUACAGCAACGGGGCCGGGUGCGGCGCGUGCUACGAGCUCAAGGGCACCAAGGGCACCGUGGUGGUGACGGCCACCAACCAGGCCCCGCCGCCGGUGAGCGGGCAGAAGGGCGAGCACUUCGACCUCACCAUGCCGGCGUUCCUCAAGAUCGCCGAGGAGAAGGCCGGCAUCGUGCCCAUCACCUACCGCAAGGUGGCGUGCGUGAGGCAAGGCGGCAUCCGGUACACGAUCACAGGGAACCCGCACUACAACAUGGUGAUGGUGACCAACGUGGGCGGCGCCGGCGACGUGGUGGGGCUGUCGGUGAAGGGCAACAAGCGCGUCAAGUGGACGCCGAUGAAGCGCAGCUGGGGCCAGCUCUGGACCACGGAGGUCGACAUCACCGGCGAGUCGCUGACGUUCCGGGUCAUGACCGGCGACCACCGCAAGGCCACCUCCUGGCACGUCGCGCCCCGCGACUGGAAGUUCGACAAAACGUACCAGGCCACCAAGAACUUCUAG